CUGCUGCACAGGCCGAGCAAGGCGUGCGUCCACCCCUCCCUCUCCUAGGCAUCUCGAUCCCGUUUGCCCCCCCUAUAGGAGUAGGACAGGAUUUGCUAACGCUGUCGCAGCAAUCUACACUCAAGACCAUUGGCCAGAGUGUUGCCAUGUUCCUCGUCAUUCAAUUCGCCGUCAAGCAGUUUGUAGGUGGCAGCCAGAAAGCAAAGACGACGGUCACCGACGCCGACGGAGCCAUCGUCCAAGUCGCCACGGCUCCGACACAGGUCCCUCCUUACUCCGAGCGGCCCAACCAGCUGGACGAAGGAGCUGCCUACAGCCAUAUCCCCCAACUCAUCGCGCCCAUAUGGCCCGAGGACAGCAAACUUGACAUCGUGGUGACAAUCUCGCCGUCAUUUGUUCCCUCACCCCUCUCAGAUCUCCCCAAGGACUUAGUCGUCUUCGAGGAGAAGCAGUUUGGCCUCGGAAACUGGAGUGACAAGCGUGCCGUCGACACCACCAUCACUGUCCCACCCUCUGUCCAGCAAAACGGCACCUUGUGGGGCCAUUUCUAUGUCGGACUUUCGGGCGCGCUGCUCGAUCCAACCCAGCCCCGCUACGACCCGGCCUCGGCAUACCAUUUCGUCUUUCCCCUGACGCAGUAUAUACCCAAGAAGAAGGUUCUCAAGACGAGAAAUCUGCUUGAGAGCAAGAAUGCGACCGCCGAAGAAGAAGCCCACGAGGAGGAGGAAGCAGAACCGUCAGGUCCCAUUAUUGCCAACUACUAUCACCCCAAUAUCUCGUUGUCCUUCAUCCCGAACUCGGGCGUCAUAACGUUGCCUCAGAUGCACCCCGCUGCCCGCCAGUACCUGCGUCUCGAGGCAACUGGGGCGCGGGAUGGCAGCGGCCAGAACUCUUGGUACUAUCCUAUCCUCUUUAUAAACGGAUUCUGGCAGCUCAAGACGCACAUGACGCUUCUCAACGACACAGUGAAGACGCUGCCCAUGCAUAUCGAUCUGAACAAUCUUGCGGAUUGGAAGUUCAAGACAAUGGCAUCUAUUGAUACGAGCUCCAAGGAGGCAGCACGCCAAGCUGCCUUUGGCGCACAACUUCCUGGAGGCGGGGACGGCAGCGAGAUUGACAUGAUCAAGGAGAUUCUCUUGGACACCAACCCCAUUCUUUUGGGUGUCACAGUCAUCGUCAGCAUUAUCCACAUGGUUCUUGAGACGCUAGCAUUUGGCUCCGACAUCGCCCAUUACCGCAAAAAGAAAGACAACGUGGGUAUCUCUGUGCGCUCCAUCCUCGCCAAUGUCUUUAUGCAGCUAGUCAUUUUCCUGUACCUGGUCGACCAAUCUCAGCACACCAGCUGGAUGAUUCUGGGCUCUCAGGCCGUCGGCAUCAUCAUCGAGCUGUGGAAGGUCACGACUGUGGUCAACGUGAGGGUCCGCCCUGCAACUCCAGGGUCAACUAUCCCAUACCGGAUUUCCUUCGAGGACAAGCACAAGCUCAGCGAGACGGAAGAGAAGACCAAGGAGUACGACGAGAUCGCCUUCAAGUACAUGUACAUUGGCGGCAUUCCCCUGCUUCUUGCGUAUGCUGCCUACUCGCUGGUCUACGACACGCACAAGUCAUGGUACUCGUUCAUCAUCGGCACUCUUGUCGGCUCCGUGUACGCCUAUGGAUUCUUGAUGAUGAUCCCUUCGCUCUAUAUCAACUACCGCCUGAAGAGCGUGGCGCACAUGCCAGGCAAGGCGAUGAUGUAUAAGUUCCUGAAUACGUUCAUCGACGAUCUGUUUGCAUUCACCAUCAAAAUGCCCCUGCUCCACCGUCUCGCUACGCUCCGUGACGACGUCAUUUUCUUUGUCUAUAUCUACCAGCGCUGGGCGUACAAGGUUGACUACACGCGUGUCAACGAGUUCGGCCAGGGUGGAGAAGACGAGGCCGAAGUCGACAAGAAGGAUGAGAGCAAGGCGUUGCCCCCAGUCCCUGAGAAGACGGUGGGUAGCUCCAAGAGCAAGGCGACUGCAGCAGAUACCGGGGCGGCGACGAAGAGAAGGUGAUGCAAAGCGAGAUGUUGAAAGGCAGGGCAAUCAAGCUAGCGUGCGACAACAAACACUCUUUCUUGUAUAUUGGUUACAAUCCUACAUGGUAUUUAGCGCCUAGAAUCGUUUGUUCCUAGCGCAAAAGAUAAGAUUUUUGUCUUUCAUUUGCCAACACUACCGAGCAUUGCUCUCGCAGUAAUCUUGACUGGUUAGUAUGCUUGGCGUCGGGCUACUCUCCGUUUCUCGCAUCAAACAAAAGACCAACGAGGCUUCAAAAGAAGCUAGGGUUUUGUAGCUAAAAACAGUGAGGGAGAAAUUCGAAAACCAUUUUCGAUCUUUCAGCUGGACGUUUAUAGCGUGAAUGUAAGUCUCGAAUAACUCAG